AUGUCUUACAACACAGUUAAAAGAACAUACGAAUGCUUGUAUACGCAUCAGAAAACACAAAAAAAUAAAAAAUGGAAAGAUGGAUACUGUGAAAUAUUAAUUAGCUAUGGUGUAACGAAAAUAUAUUUAUUAAAUUCAAAUAGGGUUUGUGUGGAAAGUUUUAUUAGUAACAUCACAGAUUUUGGAAGCAUAGAAGAAGAAAUCGAACUAUCCACCAAUUUAGUACAAUUUGUUGAUAUUUAUAAUUAUGUUGAAAGUGAAAUAACAAAUGAAAUUAUAAAUGAUGAGUCUCGGAAAAGAGGAAGCGAAUUUUCCAAGGAACAUGAUAAUACACAUAAUAAAAAAAUAAAAAAAAAACAUGAGACUAUCAAUUUUAAUAAAAAUUAUCAGAUAGAAAGAGAAGAGAUAUUAAGACCAAAAGAAAUAUUAGUUCCAUCUAAAAGAAUAGAUAAAUAUGCACAUACUAAUAAGAAAUUUGAAGUACCUAGGAAAAUAGAGCUAGCUAAUGAUAAAAGUGAAAAACGUGAAAAAAAUGAAUUAGAAAAUAUGCACAAUAAAAUAAUGGAAAAUGUAGAAACACAAUUUAGUAAUAUAAAUAAAGAAAGCUAUAGUUCUUUGGAUAAGAAAAAUAUGAUAAGUAUAACAUAUACAACCAUUCAUUUAUUUAAUAAAAAAAAUACUACCAAAUGGUAUGAUGGGUAUAUAGUUAAUAAAGAGAAUGAAAUAGAACUAUAUAAUUUUUUAGAAGAAAAAUUAUUUGUAAAAAAAAAAGAAAAUAUCACUUAUGAUGAAUAUAUGUCAUUUGGAACCUAUAUUGUUUAUAAUGACUUUUUAAAUAAAUCAUCUAGUGGUAGUAACAACAUUUUAGAAACCUCUAAUUUUGUUAAAAAAAAUAAAUUUAAUAAAAAUCUUCAUAAUAUAUUAAAAUGUGGGAUAUCCAAAAAUAGUAGUAUAAAUGUGAAAAAAAAUGAUGAAAAGGAAUUCAAAGAAAAAAAUGAAUAUUAUAAAAACAAUGAAGAUAAUUUAGGGAUAAAAAAUAGAAUUUUCUCAAAUCCAAGAAAAAGAAAUUUUGUUUUUUCUAAAGAAAAUAACAAUUAUGAUAACAUUAUAUAUGAAGAAAAAAAUCAAAAUAAUUUAGAAAAUUUUUCUGAGAAAUAUAACGAACAAAUAAAAGACAGUUCUAUAAAUAAAAAAAAUGGAUCUAUACAUAUUACGAAUAAAAAUGAAUGUGAAUUAUAUUUUUAUACAAAUUAUGAUUGUGAUAAAGACGAAAAGAAAAAAAAUACCAAAAUGGUUUUUUUUUCUGGAAAUAGAGAAAAUUGUAAUAAAUAUGAAGAAAUAGUUAAUAUUGCCCAAGUUGUUAGUAAAAAUCAUUUUUCUCAUGUUAAUGUUUUUAAUAACUCUAUGAAAGUAAAAUUAAAUGGUGGGUUAAUUAACUAUGGUAAUAAAGAUAGAAACAUUGAAAAUGAUAAUAAAUCUGAACAGUUAGACAAUAUAAAUCGAUUAUCAUCUUCUUUAGAAAAUACAAAAUGUUCUGAUAAUCCAAAAAAGGAUUAUAGCAAUACUAAUAGUGAAAAAUAUAAUGAUGGUUAUGAGAAAAAUACUUUUAAUUUGGUGUCUAGCAAUUAUAAUGAAAAUGAAAGCGGAAAAAAUGAAAGAGGAAAAAAUGAAAGAGGAAAGAAUAAUAACCCAGUUUUAACUAAAAAGGAUACAUCCCUUCAUGUGUUAGAAACGAAGACAGCUCUUGAAACAGAUAAAAAGUUAGCUAAUUUAAUAUCAGAACAAAAUUUAUAUUGUGAUAUAUACAAAAUUAAUAAUAUGUUUUCUUUUAGUAGUAAUAAUAAUAGUUUUUGUAUAAAUGAUUCUGAACAUAUUAAUAGAAACAAUUUAUUUUUACCUGUUUAUAUAACUAUUCCUAAAAAAAAAGAAGAUAUAAAAAACAAAUUAAACGAAUUACCAUAUUUUAAAAUACCUAAUUUUUUUGUUAAUAAAUUAGAAUAUAUUUUAUGUUUUAUGAAUGCUACACUAUUUCAGAUAUAUUAUGAGAUAACAAAUAAAUUUAUAUAUAUUUACGAUAAUUUAAUAUAUGCAUUAAAAGACAAUAUCUAUAAAAAUUCAAACUUAAAAUCUGUGAAUCAAAAUAUUAACACAAAAAACAAGAACCUUGAUCCCGUUGGUAAAAUGGCUGGCAUAUCUGCUUCUACUACUGCUACCACUUCUAGUACUACCACUACUAGUAGUAAUAUAACUAGCUCGAAUUUGAUGGGAGAUUAUAAAAAAAAAAGUUAUAAAAAUAACGCCGAGGAUAAUUAUAUACUAUUAUUGGAAAAUGUCGAACUUGUGUACAGUUUGCAAGAUGGAAACAGUAACAGAUAUAGUAAGGGAACAUUUCUAAAUACAAAAAGUGAAAAAAAUACAGGGAUAAAAUAUUUUUUAAAAAAAAAUACGGAUAAUGGAAUAUUGAUAGAAAAAAAUGGAAUAACACCUAUUAAAAAUAAUAUAAAAAAAUAUAUAAAUACCAAUCAUAUAAUUAUAAUAAAAAAAAAUUGUGAUUAUGGAGAAAAUAAUGUAUACAGUACAGAUAAGGAGGAGUUACUUUUGUUUAUUACUAAAUGGAAUGGAUUUAAAAAUAAAUAUUUGGAAAUAUUUCCCUUAAAUUUUGAAACCUUUGUAUAUAUAUGUGAAAUAUUUGAAAAGGAAAAAAAUGUAUUAACAUCAAAAGAAUAUCUUUAUUUUUUAAAAAAAUACAAAUCCAUAAAUUUUCAGAAAUGUCUAUUUUUUAUUAAACUGUCUGAUCAUUUAGAUAAUUUGAAACACCUUUUUUAUUUUUACAAAAAUAUAGAAGAAGAAAAUAUAUAUUAUAGUAAACAAAAUAUACAUAAAAAUAUAAACUAUAUGAAUCAUAAUGACAAGUUUGUAGAUUAUAAUUUUGUUGGAAAACGAAUGGGAAUAAAAGAUUGUAUAGAAAAGUCUUAUAAUAAUUUUAUACCUUUAAAUAAUGUGAAUAUUGAAUAUAAAAAUGAAUUAAUAAAAAAUUUACAAAAUAAUAAAAAAUUAAAUAAAAAACAAAAGGAAAUUAUACAAUCUGUAAUAAACUGGUUUAAAUAUAAAAAUGAAAUAUUAAAAAAUAUAGAUGAUCAAAAUAAACAAAUCGAACAAACAAAUAGUUGCAUAUUAGUUAAUGGAAUAUUUGGAUCUGGGAAAAGUACAUUAAUAUGUAACACAAUUAUGUAUUUAGAUAAAAUAUUAGGAUAUGAAGAAAAAAAAAAAAAAAAAAAAAAAGAAUCAGCAAAAGAAUCAGCAAAAGAAUCAGCAAAAGAAUCAGAAAAGGAAUCAGAAAAGGAAUCAGAAAAGGAAUCAGAAAAAGGAGAUACAUAUGAUUCAAAUUCUGGGUUAUAUCAAAAUGGUAUCCCAAAAUAUAAAUCACUUUUUAACAAAAUAAAACAAGAAGACAAAUCUAAAAAUAGUAAAAAUGAUAAAAAACAAAAAAUAAUACUAAUGUGCAAUACUAAUUUUGCUGUUGACAAUAUACUUUUUAAAUUGAAACGUGAUUUUGAAUUUUAUGAUUUUGCAAGAAUAGGUACCAUAUCUGAAAUCAACCCAUUUUUAAUAACAAACUUUAUUAGCAUAACUUCAAAAGAGGAAACAAAUGCAGAAGAGAUAAAAAAAUAUUUGGAAAAUUUGGAUACAAAUGUUAUAAAAAGCGACAAUUUCAGAGAUAACCAAACUGAAGGAAAAAAUACAAACAAUCCUAAAAAUGACACAAACAAUCCUAAAAAUGACACAAAAUUGACUGAACGGAAUAACGAUGAUAACAUAUCCGAUAUAGGAAAAGGCAAAGAAGAACAAUACGAAGCUUCUAAAGAACCCGAAAGUGACAGAAGUGGUAGAAGUGGCAGAAGUGGCAGAAGUAUAAACGAUUCGACCAAGACAAAUGAAAUACACAAAAUAACAGAUAUAAAUAAAUUAAUACAAGUAUUAAAAAAAGAAAAAAAAAAUUUGAUUUUAAAAAAUAAGUACAAAAAUAAAAGAGUUAUAGCAGGAACAUGUAAAAGUUUAUACAUUUUUGAAAAAUUAAAUACAAUUAAAGAUAGUAUUAAUUAUUUAAUUGCUGAUGAAUGUACCCAAAUAGACGAAUUAACGCUCUUAAAAUUUUUUAUAAGAUAUUCUAUAAAAAAAAUUAUUCUUAUAGGAGAUAUUAUGCAACUAGGAUUUGUUAUCAAAAGUAAAAGUGAUUUGUGCCGUAGUUUAUUUUCAAGGCUUAUAGAAAAUGAAUUAUUUAUUAAAUAUUUUUUUAUAAAACAAUGUAAGAAUGAUAUAGAAAAUAAAGAAAUUGUUGUAAAUUAUGAUAAACCCAAUUUAAUAAAUGUAAAAACUAAUAUUAGUGUAAAUAGCUUAGUUGAUCAAAUAACCAAACUAACCGAAUUUGAAUAUUCAAAUUAUAAAAAUGAAAUAUAUGAACACAUGUUUAAUAUACACUAUGAAAAAUAUGAACAAAAUAAUUUAUAUAUUAAUAAAUUAAUAAUAAUGAAUAAACAAUAUCGAUGUCAUCCAGAUAUAAGCAACAUAUGUAGUCAUCUUUUUUAUAACAACUAUAUUAAUAAUGCAAAAUGUACACAAAACAAUAAUAUAAUAUAUAAUAAAUAUAAUGCACAUUUAAAUUUUAUACUUAUAAGAAAAAAAUAUAAAGGAAUACAUUCAAAUUCGUAUUUUAUUAAUAUAUUAGAAGCCAAUAUUAUUUUGAAUAUUUGUGAAAAUAUGAUUUCUAAUAAAAUAAAUCCAGACCAAAUCGGAAUUAUUUCGUUAUUUAGAUAUCAAGCUAUUUAUAUUAAAAAUAAAAUGAAAUUUUCAAAAAAUUAUGAUAUUUUAAAAAGGAUAAAAGUUAGUACAGUAGAUUCUUUUCAAGGUAUAGAAAAAGAUAUUAUUCUAUUUUCUUGUGUUUUAUCUUUUUUUUCUCAUGCUCAAAAAAAAUGUACAGGAAACAAAAUAGAACAGGAAAAAAAAGAAACUAAUGUACAUCAUCAUAAUGAUGACAAUAAUGAUGACAAUAAUGAUGACAAUAAUGAUGAUAAUAAUAAUGGUAAUAAUAAUGGUGACAAUAAUGAUGGUAAUAAUAAUGGUAAUAAUAAUGGUGACAAUAAUGAUGGUAAUAAUUUUUUUUUGGAAAAAAAUACAUGCACACAAAUUCAAAAGACACAAGAAUGUACAGAACAACAAUUAUCUGUUGGUGAUACCUUUGAUUAUUUUUGUGAAAAUAAAAAUCGAAUAAAUGUUGCAUUAAGUAGAUCUAAAAAUCAAUUAAUAAUUGUUGCUCACCAAGGAUUUGUUCAAAAAAAUAAAAUUUGGAGUUAUAUAAAAUCAAAAUCGAAAAUAUAUUAUUAUGAUUGA